AUGUCUGUUGCUUGUGUGCAGUACAGUGAUCUGGGAGAGAGGGACCGAGCUAUGGUUUUGGAGAAAUUUCGACAAGCAACAAUCAACUGGAACCAGCAACUUAACUCUGCAGUAGAAGAAGAAGGUUUGGAAGAGAGUGAAGCCAGAGAAGAAGAAGAUGAAAAGAAAUCUCAUCUGGUGGUUGUGAUUGAUGUUUGUCUUCCCAUGCUUUCAUCUGGAGAGUCUUCUCUUUCCUCACGAGUUCUCGUCAACUACGAGCUUCCUACUAAGAAGGAAACUUAUUCUAGGCGUUUAACAUCUUGCUUAGCUUCAGGUGGGAUUGUCAUAAACAUGGUUAUUGGCUUCUUCAUUUUCACCUACUUUACAGCUCCCCCUGUUCCUCAACUUCCAACUUGA